AUGCGAUCAGUGGCGGGUCUGCUGCUGGGCGUCUCCUCGCUUCAGUUGGCCGCGUCGGUGGCCCUGAAAGACGGAUUCAAGCCCGGCAGAAUCCUCGUCAAAAGGAGAAGCGACGUCGAGCCGGUGAGCACGUCAUCUGGAGACGAUUUCCGACGUAAAUGUCGUUUGCAGAAUGACAAGGGCAACUCGUAUCCGCUGAAAGACUUUGCGCUGUCCUACGAUCCGUUUGACCCAAAUGGUGGGUUACUGUAACACAUUCGCCACGACCAUUAACGUUUUAACUUGUCUGCGCUCUCUUUUCUCUCACCUGCAGAUUCAGAGAGGCUUGAAAAUAACAAGUGAACACGAGAUAGUCGUCGAGAAUAAAUAGCAGAGAUAUCAGAAUUUUGGAUUUCUGAGAAAAUUCGAUAAUUUAAAACCUAAACUUCGUGUUUUCAGAAGAAGAUCCAUUCGCGAACAAGACGAAGCUUCUCAAGCUCAAAAUCGGUUUCAAUUUUUUUCCGAAAAAAAAAAUCUAAAGAUAAAACUCCAGAAACCUCCAAAUAUGUGGAGAAAUAUGGUCCCGAAGCGGUUUUGAGUGCUCUUUUGAGCAAACUUGAUCUGAGCAAUAACACGCAAUUCGUGGCAAGCACAAGAAAGGCGAUCGAUCAGAUCUUUCAGCUUUUCGAUACGGUUGGAGAAAAAAUUUUUUUGAAAAUAAAAACUGAUUUUAGACCACCAAGAAGGCUAGAAAGAUGUCGGAAACGCCGAUUUUGAAGAAUUUUGUAAGUUUUUUCCCAGUUGUAGUUUUUUUCCCUAAAAAGAGCCUUCAAAAAUUGGUGGCUCUUAGUGCGUUCCAUAGACCACUUGUUUUUAUUGUGCUAAUGAAAUUUCACUUUUUCUAACUAAACUGAAAGCUCGAAAAAGAGCUUUAAAAUCUAAAUUUUUUCAGUUUCAGGCAAUUUUUCGUUUAUUUUAUGAAAUUUCGGCUUGAUUGACUUUUGAAAAAAAGUCAAAGAAUUAUUGAAAAGCACAAAUAAGUCAAGUGUAUUUGCCUUUUAAAAAACAACUUUUUCAUAACCUAAUAAAAAACUCGCUAAAUCGUUUAUUAUAAGAUUAAAACCGAAGAGCCGUUCCCAAUAUUUUUAAGGUCGUAUAAGCCUUCUGUGCUUUCAAAAGUCCAGGAAACAUUUUUCAUAUAACGGAUGUUGAAAUCGUCUUUUGAACUUCUUAUUUCCAGAAAGUGACCCCUUUGGUCAUGAGCAAGAAACAUAUCGGUGACGUCAUCAACAAGAAAAGACUGGAGCGACUGAAGAAGAAGCAGUACCUGGAGAAGCAGGAGUACCGUCGCGACGCUCCGCCCCUUCCAGCUUCCGAUCUGAAGGAACAUCGACCUCACGCCGUCGCUUUUGAGGCUCCCCGUCGAACUCGUCCAGUUCCACCGACCAAAUUGCUCUACUUAACUCACGAGGAGUUCGACACGCCGAUUCCCACUAGAGUGUACCCUAGCCUGGCUGCCGGAGAACUUCGUCGAGCUCCGGUCCGCAGAAGGAUCUCCAGAAAACUGCUGAAGAAGGAGGGACUCUCGGACUUGCACAAGAAGAUGAUGAAGAGGAGGAAGUUCGAAAGGAAGCCGGUCGGGAAAUCUGUCUCCAAGAGGAGAUCUCCGGCCAAACGUGGAGUCACUACUUUCAAUGAUAAGGUCUUUUAAUCUUCAAAAAUCAAAAUAUGAGAUUGAAAAAAUGAAGAAUAAUGAAAUACUAGAAAAAUUUAAGCCAUUCCAGAUGCCCUUAUGGCUUUAGCUGAGGAAAUGAAGUUUUAAAAUAAUAAAAUAUUCUUUUUCUAUUUUCCAUGGAUUUCAUGGACAGUCGUAAAUGAGUCACACCUAGUUAUCCAAAUCCAAGAUUUAACUCGCUUCCGAGUUUGUGAUUUGAGUGAUUUCAUGCUUCCAGGUGUUCCAACUCUUGGAAGACUACGGUAUCACGGCGGUUCGUGUCGAGACCAAAGACUACACAGUUCGCGCCUUCGCCGACCCAACCAAGACGAAGUUUGUGGCCAUGCGAGACCGGCCAGAGACGCCGGAGUCGGUCAUCGACUUCAGCGGCUCGAGAGGACGUCGUCAGAAGUUCCGAAGACCGCAUGAGACUUUGGUCCGACCGAAGGUUCACUUCUCGACAGUUUUUGACAGUUUCUUAAAAAUCCACAAUCAUUAGAGAAGUGCCAAAAUGAGGUUCCGGUUGCUUCUUUCAAUGAAAAUCCACAAAAGUUAAAGAGCGUUUCCUUAUGAAAAAAAACCGUGAAAGUUUCGGAAAAGCUGCCCAAUUUUAUUAGUGAAGUUACAGAAGUCCGUAACGACGAGAAAUCAUCGACCUCAAAGAAACCUACCCAUCCAGAAGCUUCCCGGCGGACACCAUCCUGCUGAGCGAUUGAUUUGA